UCAUCUAUAUAUCAAGCAAAAACUCUAUAGAUUGUCAAUAGCCUAUUUUCUCACAACAUCAAGAAAGCACAAGAAGUGACAUUUCUCCUCGUUACAAAGUGAUUAUUUUAUUGUCGGUGCAUAAAAAUUAAACUCUUUCUAUCGGGUAUAAAAAUGAGGUUUAAGAGGGUAGCCGCGGCAUUUGAUGACGUGGCAAAGGCGAGAUUUUGCGAAAGCAGUGGUAGCGAGCAUUCGUCGGUUGAGAGCGUGACGGAUUUGUACGGUCUUGUGAAUUCGUUUAUUGAAAGAGGAAAUGGAUUUAGAGGAGGAAGAAAUGAAGAAAAGAUUAUUAAUGAUGAUAAUGAGAAAGAAGAAAAUGGAUUAAGCAAUAAUUAUUUUGAUGAUUUAGAGAUUAAGGAGAAGUUAAGGAAAUUAUUAGGUUAUGAAGAAAGUGAUUAUGUGAAGAGAAAUAUUCAUUCCGUCGUGGAAAAUGCAUGGCUUGAAAUUGGCGAUUGGAGUACGGCGGAGUUCAAACGGCGGUUGAUCACUCGGUUGCGUAAUAAAGGAUUUGAUGCUGGUCUGUGCAAAUCAAAAUGGGAGAGAAAUGGUCAACUUCCAUCAGGAAAUUACGAGUAUAUUGACAUUAACAUGAACGAAAAUCGCUAUAUAAUCGAAGUUUAUCUUGCUAGAGAAUUCGAAAUAGCUCGACCAACACCCUACUACACUUCAUUGCUCGAGAUUUUCCCUUCAAUAUUUGUUGGAAAAGUGGAAGAAUUGAAGCAAGUGGUGAAACUAAUGACUAGAGCUAUGAAAAAAUCAAUGAAGAAAAUGGAUAUUUAUGUUCCACCUUGGAGGCAACUUAGUUAUAUGCAAGCUAAGUGGUUUGGUUCUUACAAAAGAACAAUCAAUGAGUAUUUGUUAGAUGAUGAUAAGAAGAAUCUUGAUUUUUCUUAUAAGUGUUUGGCUAAGAAAAGAGCAGUUGGUUUUGUGUCCAUGCCAACAAUUUCUUUCUACUGCAGAGAAAACUUUGCUUCUAAUAAUGGUAUAAAAGUUGGAAACUUGGCUGCAGCUUUAAAUGGAUGAAGUUUGCUCUAUCUAAUAGCCAUAGUUGAGUAGAUAGUUAGGCUACUAGAGGUGGAGAUCACAUCACCCUUUGUAAUGACAUUCCAACAUAUUCCUUUGUGGCUGGCCACAGUAGCUAGGAAAGCUCCGAAGAUUCUAUGAGGAAUUGAAAACGUUGAAGUCAAAGGAAUGGUAAGGCUUUGAAGCCGUAACUUGUUGGUUUUUCCAUCACUCAAUCCACAACAAAUUGAAUGAAACCCGGUAAAAAAGAAGUUAAUUUUCACUUACAUGUGCUCGGCAGAUGCUAAAGUGAGAGCGUGGUGACAAAAAUUAAUCGAGCUGAUUCCAUCAUGCUUUUCAUAUUGAGGUCGUCGGUCUCACACCCAGACAGGCUUAUACCAUAUAAUGUAUGUUGAUCUACUUGGGAAGUUGUUUGACCUAUAGAAAGAAUGGGACGAGGCUCAUUUAACUAGGUGGGGACAGAAUUUGAACUUUCGACCUCAGGUCACGAGUCUGAUGAGUCUACCAAUUCCUCUACCACGCUCUUGGAUGUUGUUAAUUCUUUUUUUCUUCAAUGAGAAUAUAAAGAAAAUUAGCAAUUUCGCCCUGCAAUGCCACUUGGUGUUUUGAGCAGUUUAUAGUUGGAGUGGACACCUGCAUUUUUUACUUCCUUUCUCGAAAUAUAUAUAGUUGUGGUUUUUAAGUUAGUUUGUCAGCACCCAUUUUUACAAAGAAGAAAAAAAUGGGUGUAGUUGUAUGUGCACUCACCAAGUUAAAAUACUAGUCCAUUCUUUGUAUGCUGCAAUCAGCAAGUCUAGUUUGAUGGAGAUGAAAAGAAUUUCUCCUAAAUUGGGGAAUGAGUGGUUCUUUCCUUUUGAUUAUUUUAUACUCUUGUUUAGUACAGUUGGUUCAAGUUUGUGGUUAUGUACUUAUUAGAAUAUGCAAUCCAGAAACAAUGAAUUUUUCA